GACGUCACGAGCCGGAGAAGCCGACAGCCCCCUGUAUCACAAACAAGCAGCGAAGUUGCGUUGCUGGCUAGCUCCGCUACCUGACCGCCGACAGUUGGCCCGCUGCUGGCUGCUCGUCGCCGCAACUUUCAGGCAAGCAACUUUUAGAACAAGACGAGUUGUCGAACGCAGUCGGAAGAGACCGGUCCCAACAGCAGUGUUUUGCGGCCACCUCUCCUCCUGACUAACUGAAGUCAUGGCGUGUGGAGCCACCCUGAAGAGGACCAUGGAUUUCGACCCGCUGAUGAGUCCGGCUUCACCCAAGAGACGGAGGUGCAUCCCCGUGUCCCCGUCGUCCCCGUCCCCUAGGAAGUACCUCAGCAUGGAGCCCUCGCCAUUUGGGGAGUCAUCGUCCAGACUCAGCGCAGGUAAGGUCCCUGGUGUCGGCCUGCUCAGGCGGCAGCAACACCGUGGAAGACCUCGCAGGCGGAAUCGACCAGGUGGCAGCUGGCUUUGUCUUCACCAGCUCAUCUGUGUCCUUCUCUGUUCACUUGUCCGUCUAGAACAAAUCCUCAACAGUAUCAAGCAGGAGUACAAACGCAUUCAGAAGAGGAAGCAUCUAGAUGGAGGCUACCAACAGACCGAGUGCUGCUAUUCUCCUGAGUCCCCCUCCCAGUCGUCCACUAUGAAUGUUUCCAGCAUGCCAGGAACGUCCUCUGGAGGCGUCUCUCCUACUAGAAGAGAACAACCAUUAUUCACCCUCCGACAAGUUGGAAUGAUCUGUGAACGCCUGCUGAAAGAACGGGAAGACAAGGUGCGGGAGGAGUACGAGGAGACCCUGACUUCAAAAUUGGCAGAACAGUAUGACACCUUUGUGAAGUUCACACACGAUCAGCUAAUGCGACGAUUCGGGGAGCAACCUGCAAGCUAUGUUUCCUGAGUGUGACACAGAAAUGUCUGCAAGACGGGCCUCUCUCGCUGCGAGCUAUCAUAUGGUAUAUUUCAAGAAAGAAAAAAGAAAAAAAGCUCAUCAUUGUAAGAGAUUCAGUUUAGCUAGAUGAAACGAAACUUUUCUUACUGUGCCAUAUUUCUGUCUUUGGGCAAAGGUUUAUAUGAAGCUGUUGUCAGUUGUUACCACUCUGUUGUAAGCAACCAGGUCCUAAUGCAAAGUAACGGACCCUAUCUCUACCAGUGGCCUAUGUUCCUCCUGCUGUACGUAUCUACAGUUAUCUCACUUUUGUAAUGAUUCCCAGCAUUCCAGACAUUGUCACUUGUUUCUGUUUGUUACAUGUAUAUAUGAUGAAGCAGCAGAGUUUUAAACAAGGUUUGCUGGUCAAUCUGAAAAGAAGUGGAAGAAACAGCUGAGCAGAGAGAAUGUUUGCAGUUUGUCCUCUGUUCAUUACUUUUUAAACUUCAGCAUAACAUGGUCUAAUUUUUUUUCUCCACUCCCUACCAGUGUUUUAUUUAUUUUGACUUUUGUUUUGCUGGUAUCAUUUUGAAACCAAUGUACUUAUUGGAAAAAACAAUAAAACUUUUAAGAGUUCA